AUGAACAGGACGCUCCAGGAAGCUGCUUUAUCAAUGAUCUUACAUGCAGGAGUAUCCAAGAGUUUCUGGGCUGAAGCAGUUUGUUCAGCAGCAUACAUAAGAAACCGAGUUAUCACAACAGCAACUGGAGUCACCCCAUAUGAGCGAUGGUACGGUAAGAAACCGGAUGUUUCAAAUUUCCGUGUUUUUGGUUGCACUGCCUAUGCCCAUGUACCAGAUUCUUCACGUCAGAAGCUCGACCAGAAAGCAGUGAAAAUACGAUUCGUUGGCUAUAGUUUGACACAGAAGGGGUAUCGAUUGUACGAUGAGAACAAACGUAAAUCUUUAUCCGUCGAUAUGUUACUUUCAAUGAAACUGACUUUGGACAUACGAACAGAGUACAAUUGGAGGUUGAGGAAAAGGAUGAUGAGUGCUCUAAAGAAGAAUCAGAUAAGAAAUCACCUGAUAGCAGGUGUUCAGCGCGAGAAAGAAAGCCACCAGUUUAUUAUCAUGAUGAAUACGCUGGUAUCACAACAGCAAAGCAUACAGCCCUCUUUGUAA